UAACACCUAUUGACCAUGGCUUCUGUGGCACACGUGAUCUCUCUCUGUCACACACACACCGCUCUGUCAAGUGUCAGUCAUGUGACCACAGCAGAGGGAGUUCUUAUGAGGGACAAGUUUUUUUUUCUUUGACUUGUCCUCAAGAAAGUGAAGGAGGAGACGCGUGGAGCUGAGGAUGAGUUUGGACACCGCUGCUGCUGCUCCUGCUGCUGCUGCUCCUGCUGCUGCUGCUCCUGCUGCUGCUGCUCCUGCUGCUGCUGCUCCUGCUGCUGCUGCUCCUGCUGCUGCUGCUCCUGCUGCUCCUUAAACUUUCUUUAUUUAAGUUCAUUUAAGGGUUCAAUUCAGAUUAAUGAUGGAGUCGCAGGACAGUGAUAUAUCAGUGUGGGUCUGCCGGGAGGAGAAGCUCGUGCUCGGCUUGUCAAAGCGCACGAGCUGCGCUGAUGUGGUCAAAGUUCUCGUGGAAGACCAGAACUCUCAGCGCGGACUCUGCGCGGCGCAUUCUUACUGCAUCGUGGAGAAGUGGAGAGGUUUCGAGCGGAUUCUGCCGCACAAGACGAAGAUUCUGCGGCUGUGGGUCGCGUGGGGAGAAGAGCAGAAGAACGUGAAGUUCGUGUUGGUGAAGAGCGAAGCGUCUCUGGAGAAUCGCGGCGCGCGGAGCGCAGAGGCGCGCGUGGUGCUGAGCAAGCAGAGUCCGUGCGUCACCAAUAAAGAAUCCACGCGGUCCCCGGCGGCGGGAAUUUCACCUGAAAAACAGCGUCGCAUUGUGAGGAAAGCGUUCAGAAAGUUGGAGAAGAUGAAUAAAAAGAGAGCGCGCGUGGCGCACAGACACGCGCCCUGUGCGGAGAAGAUGGAGACUCUGGUUCACCUGGUGGUUUCUCAGGAUCACACGAUCCGUCAGCAGGUGCAGAGGAUUUCAGAGCUGGACGCGGAGAUCGAGAGGUGCGAGACUCAAGUGCAUUCGGACCGAAUCAAGAGACACGGGAUUAACUACGUCCAGGACACGUACUUGGUCGGUGCUGCUGCUGCUGCCGCAGCCUCCAACCGCGAGGAGGACGCGCGCUGUCCCACCGAGACACUGGCCAAGCUGGAGGAGUACGCGCAGUGGAGUGAGGAGGUGGUGAGACUGCACGAGGAGCUGUGGGAGCAGGAGGCGCUGACGGACAUCAUCACGGUGCAGAUCCAGGAGGAGCUGAACCAGCGCUGGAUGCAGAGGAGGAGAGAGGAGCUGCGGAGGAGAGGCAGGGGACCCGGCGAGGGCGCAGCGGGCGCAGCGGGCGCAGGAGGCGCAGCAGGCGCAGCGGCAGAGAACGAGCUGCUUCUGGAAGAAGAGAGGAUCAACACGCAGCUUCAUGCCAGUUUAUACAUCGGUCUGCGGCUCAACACGGACUUAGAGUCGAUGAGGAACGAUUUGGAUGUGACGCGGGAGCUUUGCGCGGUGAGGGACAAAGAGAUGAGGGAUUUACUGCAGCAAGUGGACACUUUGGACAUGGAUGAGGGCUCAGUGUGCAGCGAGGGGACAAGCAGACAGGAGACAGAUGAGGAGACAGAGCUGCUGAGCGCGUUGGAGAGGGACAGUGAGUGGGUGGAGCAGGCGAGAGGAAUGUCCAAGGUCCACAGUGGGAACGACGACGACUCAGACACUGGUUUGAGUUCUCUGCACAGUCAGGACUCAGACUCUCUCACUGUGUGGGAGUCUCUGGUGUGAAGACCAAACAUCGGCAUCAUGUGUGAGGUCCAAUGUGUGACACAGAACUAGCGACAUCUACUGGUGAGAAUGCAGAUGGUAACACACUUAAGUGGCCUUCACGUCCUUCUUUGUGUGGGGAAUUAUUUUUCUAUAACACGAAACUCAGGUGCUGUAGAAACUCGACACAAAGCAGGGCCCUCACCUUACAUGGAAAAUAUUUUUUAUUUUUUAUUCUAAAGACAUU